CUUUCUCCCCCUCUCGGUUUCACGAUAGCAAAGAUGGCAGAGAAAGUAUUUUCCGAAGAAGCAGAUGUGAAGAUCAGAGCUGCUGCGGCGGCGGCUUCGGAUCUUGAACAUAUGGCUGCAGAGUCAUCCGUGGUUCCUGAUUUCGAGAGAGGGAGGUUCUACGACGUGUACUCAGCCAGGAGGAACGAGCGGUUGAAGAGGAAGAAAGGAGGAGGAGAAGAAGAUGCCGUAGCCAAAGGAACUCUGUACAAUCUUGGAGUGGAGCCCACCAUAACCACCAAGAGAAGAGGAACCUUUAAGAAGAAGAAGGUCUCCAUGGAUGAUACAACAACAACACCGAGGUAUUCUCUGAGGAGCACAGUGACCAAAGAUAGCAAGAAGCCUCUGAGUGUCGCUGUAAGUACUAUGAAAACUGUCAAGAGCACCAGGAGGAUUAUGAGUAUCUGAUGCUAAUCUCCUUCUUGAUCAACUCUUUGCUUUUGCUUUUGCCUUUGCUUGUGUGAUUCUGUUAGGAAAUCGAAGUUUGGGGGUUUUGAUUUUCCUUUCUAUCUACUAUUUGCAGUAUUGUUCUGCUGUCGGGAUGUCGACAUAAAUAAAUCCAUGAAACUUUGAUUGGUUUUGUUUUGUUUUGUUUCCUCAAUUAUCCAUACAUUCUGAUACGCUUUAUCUAUAUGAACUGCGUAUCUUCUUUGCUUCAGUAAAAAUUAUAACAAUGUUGUUGUGUGUUUCAUAAUCCUCUAGACAGUGUCUAUUUU